CCAGGCGUCGGAGCAGACGGGAGUUUCUCCUCAGGACGGAGCAGGAGGCACGCGGAGCGAGGCCACGCAUGAGCCGAAGAUAACCCCCCAGCACAGCCGCAAAGAGUCUACAUGUCUAGGGUCUAGACAUGUUCAGCUUUGUGGACCUCCGGCUCCUGCUCCUCUUAGGGGCAACUGUCCUCCUGACGCACGGCCAAGAAGACAUCCCCAAGGUCAGCUGCGUAUACAAUGGCAAAAGGUUCGAUGAUGGUGAAACGUGGAAACCCGAAGUCUGCACCAUCUGCUUCUGCAACAAUGGCUCGUCUGUGUGCGAUAGAGUCCUGUGCAAAGAUGAAGGGCUGGACUGUCCCAACCCCCAAAGACGUGAGGGCGAGUGCUGUCAGUUCUGCCCAGAAGAAUCAACAGGCACAGAAUUCUUAGGAGUUCAGGGACCCAAGGGAGACCCUGGCCCCCAAGGCCCAAGGGGACCCGUUGGCCCCCCUGGAAGAGACGGCAUCCCCGGAAGUCCUGGAGCUCCCGGUCCUCCUGGUCCUCCUGGGCUACCCGGUCCCCCUGGCCUCGGAGGAAACUUUGCUCCCCAGAUGUCCUAUGGCUAUGAUGAGAAAUCAGCUGGAGUUUCCGUGCCUGGCCCCAUGGGUCCUUCUGGUCCUCGUGGUCUCCCUGGCCCCCCUGGUGCACCUGGUCCUCAAGGUUUCCAAGGCCCCCCUGGCGAACCUGGCGAGCCUGGCGCUUCAGGUCCAAUGGGUCCUCGAGGUCCCCCUGGCCCUCCUGGCAAGAACGGAGAUGAUGGAGAAGCUGGCAAGCCUGGCCGUCCUGGUGAGCGUGGACCUCCUGGGCCUCAGGGCGCUCGGGGAUUGCCUGGAACAGCUGGCCUCCCCGGAAUGAAGGGACACAGAGGUUUCAGUGGUUUGGAUGGUGCCAAAGGAGACACUGGUCCUGCUGGUCCUAAGGGAGAACCUGGCAGUCCUGGUGAAAAUGGAGCUCCUGGCCAGAUGGGCCCCCGAGGUCUGCCUGGUGAGAGAGGUCGCCCUGGACCCGCUGGUGCUGCUGGUGCUCGUGGUAACGAUGGUGCUGUUGGUGCAGCUGGGCCCCCCGGUCCCACUGGCCCCAGUGGUCCUCCUGGCUUCCCUGGUGCAGUUGGUGCUAAGGGCGAAGCUGGUCCCCAAGGACCCCGAGGCUCUGAAGGUCCCCAGGGUGUGCGCGGUGAGCCCGGACCCCCUGGCCCUGCUGGUGCUGCUGGCCCUGCUGGAAAUCCUGGUGCUGAUGGACAACCUGGUGCUAAAGGUGCCAAUGGUGCUCCUGGUAUUGCUGGUGCUCCUGGCUUCCCCGGUGCCCGAGGCCCCUCUGGACCUCAGGGCCCCAGCGGUCCUCCAGGUCCCAAGGGUAACAGCGGCGAACCUGGUGCCCCCGGCAACAAAGGAGACACUGGUGCCAAAGGAGACCCCGGCCCUGCUGGCGUUCAAGGUCCUCCUGGCCCUGCUGGUGAAGAAGGAAAGCGAGGAGCCCGUGGUGAACCUGGACCUGCUGGCCUGCCCGGACCUCCUGGCGAGCGCGGUGGACCUGGUAGCCGUGGUUUCCCUGGUGCUGAUGGCGUUGCUGGCCCCAAGGGUCCUGCUGGUGAACGUGGUUCUCCUGGGCCUGCUGGUCCCAAAGGUUCUCCUGGUGAAGCUGGUCGUCCUGGUGAAGCUGGUCUCCCUGGUGCCAAGGGUCUCACUGGCAGUCCUGGCAGCCCUGGUCCUGAUGGCAAAACCGGUCCCCCUGGUCCCGCUGGUCAAGAUGGUCGCCCUGGACCUGCAGGUCCUCCUGGGGCCCGUGGCCAGGCUGGUGUGAUGGGAUUCCCUGGACCUAAGGGUACUGCUGGAGAACCUGGAAAGGCUGGAGAGCGGGGCGUUCCCGGACCCCCUGGCCCUGUAGGUCCUGCUGGCAAAGAUGGAGAAGCUGGAGCUCAGGGGGCCCCCGGCCCUGCUGGUCCUGCUGGUGAGAGAGGUGAACAAGGCCCUGCCGGCUCCCCCGGAUUCCAGGGUCUCCCUGGACCUGCUGGUCCUCCUGGUGAAGCAGGCAAGCCCGGUGAACAGGGUGUUCCUGGUGACCUUGGCGCCCCUGGACCCUCUGGAGCAAGAGGCGAGAGAGGUUUCCCUGGCGAGCGUGGUGUACAAGGUCCCCCAGGUCCUGCUGGUCCCCGUGGAAACAAUGGUGCUCCCGGCAACGAUGGCGCCAAGGGUGAUACUGGUGCCCCCGGAGCUCCCGGAAGCCAGGGUGCCCCUGGUCUUCAGGGAAUGCCUGGUGAACGUGGUGCCGCUGGUCUUCCAGGCCCCAAGGGUGACAGAGGUGAUACUGGUCCCAAAGGUGCUGAUGGUUCUCCUGGCAAAGAUGGCGUCCGUGGUCUGACUGGUCCCAUUGGUCCUCCUGGCCCCGCUGGUGCUGCUGGUGACAAGGGUGAAACUGGUCCCAGUGGUCCUGCUGGCCCCACCGGAGCCCGUGGUGCCCCUGGAGACCGUGGCGAGCCUGGUCCCCCUGGUCCUGCUGGCUUUGCUGGCCCCCCUGGUGCUGAUGGCCAACCUGGUCCCAAAGGUGAACCUGGUGAUACUGGUACUAAAGGCGACUCUGGUCCUCCUGGCCCUGCUGGACCCGCUGGACCCCCUGGCCCUAUUGGUAACGUUGGUGCUCCUGGACCCAAAGGUGCUCGUGGUGCUGCUGGUCCUCCUGGUGCUACUGGUUUCCCUGGUGCUGCUGGCCGUGUUGGUCCCCCUGGCCCCUCUGGAAAUGCUGGACCCCCUGGCCCACCCGGUCCUGUUGGCAAAGAAGGAGGCAAAGGUCCCCGCGGUGAGACUGGCCCUGCUGGACGUCCUGGUGAAGUUGGUCCUCCAGGUCCCCCUGGCCCUGCUGGUGAGAAAGGAGCCCCUGGUGCUGAUGGACCUGCUGGCUCUCCUGGUACCCCCGGACCUCAGGGUAUUGCUGGACAGCGUGGUGUGGUCGGUCUUCCCGGUCAGCGAGGAGAGAGAGGCUUCCCUGGUCUGCCCGGCCCCUCUGGUGAACCCGGCAAACAAGGUCCUUCCGGAUCAAGUGGUGAACGUGGUCCUCCUGGUCCCAUGGGCCCCCCUGGAUUGGCUGGCCCCCCUGGUGAAUCUGGACGUGAGGGAGCACCUGGUGCUGAAGGCUCCCCUGGAAGAGAUGGUUCUCCUGGGCCCAAGGGUGACCGUGGUGAGACUGGUCCUUCUGGCCCCCCUGGCGCCCCUGGUGCUCCUGGUGCUCCUGGCCCUGUUGGCCCUGCUGGCAAGAAUGGCGAUCGUGGUGAGACUGGUCCUGCUGGUCCCCCUGGUCCCAUUGGCCCUGCUGGUUCUCGUGGCCCUGCUGGACCCCAAGGCCCCCGCGGUGACAAGGGAGAGACAGGCGAACAAGGUGAAAGAGGCAUAAAGGGUCAUCGUGGCUUCUCCGGUCUUCAGGGUCCUCCUGGCUCUCCUGGUUCUCCUGGUGAACAAGGCCCCUCUGGAGCUUCAGGUCCUGCAGGUCCCCGGGGUCCCCCUGGCUCUGCUGGUGCUCCUGGCAAAGAUGGACUCAACGGUCUCCCUGGCCCCAUCGGUCCCCCUGGUCCUCGCGGUCGCACUGGUGAUGCCGGUCCUGCUGGUCCCCCAGGCCCUCCUGGCCCCCCUGGCCCCCCUGGUCCUUCCGGCGGUGGUUUUGACUUCAGCUUCCUGCCUCAGCCACCUCAAGAGAAGGCUCAUGAUGGUGGCCGAUACUACCGGGCCGAUGAUGCUAAUGUGGUCCGUGACCGUGACCUUGAGGUGGACACCACCCUCAAGAGCCUGAGCCAGCAGAUUGAGAACAUCCGAAGCCCCGAAGGCAGCCGCAAGAACCCCGCCCGCACAUGCCGUGACCUCAAGAUGUGCCACUCUGACUGGAAGAGCGGAGAGUACUGGAUUGACCCCAACCAAGGCUGCAACCUGGAUGCCAUCAAGGUCUACUGCAACAUGGAGACAGGCCAGACCUGUGUGUUCCCCACUCAGCCUUCUGUGCCCCAGAAGAACUGGUACAUCAGCCCGAACCCCAAGGAAAAGAAACACGUCUGGUUCGGCGAGAGCAUGGAUGGUGGAUUCCAGUUCGAGUACGGAAGCGAGGGCUCCGACCCUGCCGACGUUGCCAUCCAGCUGACCUUCCUGCGCCUGAUGUCCACCGAGGCCUCCCAGAACAUCACCUAUCACUGCAAGAACAGCGUAGCCUACAUGGACCAAAAGACUGGCAACCUCAAGAAGUCCCUGCUCCUCCAGGGCUCCAACGAGAUAGAGCUCCGGGGCGAGGGCAACAGCCGUUUCACCUACAGCACCCUUGUGGAUGGCUGCACGAGUCACACCGGAACUUGGGGCAAGACAGUAAUCGAAUACAAGACCACCAAGACCUCCCGCCUGCCCAUCAUCGACGUGGCCCCCUUGGACAUUGGUGCCCCAGACCAGGAAUUCGGAGUAGACGUUGGCCCUGCCUGCUUCGUGUAAACUCCCUCCACCCCAAUCUGGCUCCCUCCCACCCAGCCCACUUUCCCCCGACCCUGGAGACAGACAAACAACCCAAACUGAAUUUCCCCAAAAGCCGAAAAAAUGGGAGACAAUUUCACAUGGACUUUGGAAAACAUUUUUUUUUCCUUUGCAUUCAUCUCUCAAACUUAGUUUUUAUCUUUGACCAACUGAAUAUUGACCAAAAACCAAAAGUGCAUUCAACCUUACCAAAAAGAAAAAAAAAAAAAAAAAAGAAUAAAUAAAUAACUUUUUAAAAAAGGAAGCUUGGUCCUCUUGCUUGAAGACCUAUGUGGGUAUAAGUCCCUUUCUGCCCACUGGGCUUAUGAUACCCCAAACGCUGCCUUUUCUGCUCCUUUCUCCACCCCUCUUGGGGCCUCUCCUCCAUUGCUCCCCAAAUUUAAGUUUCCCCCAAAGACACAGGAAAUAAUGCAUUGUCUGCCCAGCAACCAAAGGCAAUGCGGAAAUGACCCCCUCACCCCCAGACCCUAGCCUACUUCCCCACCCAGCAUCCUCCAGUCCUGCCGGGACAUGGGGGUUCUUGGACUGUUGAAGGAGCCUAACCAUCUGGCAUCUCCAUGACCUCUGCAACACUUUGUUUUCGAGGGCCUUGCUGGGGGGAAGCCACCUGCAUCUCCCAGGGCUUUGGAGCCAGGCGGGGUCACCGCAGACCGGAAACAUCGGACACGCAUGCGCAGGCUGGGUGGGAGAGACUGUUGUGUUUCUUGUGUAACCGUGUUGCUGAAAGACUACCUCGUUCUUGUCUUUGUGUGUCACCGGGGCAACUGUGUGGGGGCGGGGAUGGGGGCAGGCUGGCAGCGCGCCCAGUUUGGUAUCAAAGGUGCUACAUCUCUGUGAAGGGGUGGGGUGGGAAGGAAUUUCUGGUGCUAUAGAAAUUGAGAUGCUCCCUAGGCCAGCAAAUGUUCCUUUUGUUUAAAGUCUUUUUUUUUUUUUAAUUCUUUCUUUUUUUUUUUUUUAAUGGAUAGGGACUCAUGUGAAUUUUUUUUUUUCCUGACGGUGCUAUUUAACACGGGAGGAGAGAAUGCCAACGCCAGCCUGUUCGCUCUGUACCCUCUCUCCACUCUCCUAGUUCCUGGGCCUAUCGCAGUCUGACCUCUCUCUCUCUCUCUCUCUCUCUCUCUCUCUCUCUCUCUCUCUCUUCUCUUCUCUUCUGAAACCCUCCCCUCUUGCUGCUGCACCCUGCCCUCAGCCUCUCUCCCAGUCUGCCUCUGGGUUUCAGAGCAUCACUUUCCAAAGCACAAAACAGUUUUACCCCUGGGGUGGGAGGAAACGAGACUGUUACCUAUUUUGUAUGUGUAUAAUAAUUUGAGAUGUUUUUAAUUAUUUUGAUUGCUGGAAUAAAGCAUGUGGAAAUGACCCAA